ACGCAGAAUUUCACGUGAGAGGCUCAGCUCACGGUUUGAAACAAUACAAAGAAGAAUCCCCUCGUCCUUUCCGUGUUUGCUGCUGGUGCAUUUUGGUUUUGCUGGAUCCCAGCCUCCCAAACCCAGCUCAGAUCGUUGUGUCUGGAGCAGGCCUGCUGGGUAGCAGCUUAGCAUCUAGGAUGGCAGCGUGACGCGCUUGACGGUUCAUGAUUUUAAAGCCCUCUGGCUGUCACCGCAACUAAACCUGGCUCCGGGCCAGUUAGUCCUCUGACCCCUCUGUGCUCUGGGCUAGUUAAUCCCUCGCCGCCGCUUUCAGUAGCGGUUUGCAGGCUGUGGGCAGCCCGUCUCCUGCUCUCAGUGCCCCCUGCAAACAUCCGAGCGUGCUGCUGUUGCUGUCUGCAGGAACAGCAGUGCUGUAGCCCGUUCGGCGGCUGUAACCAGCAGCCUCAAACUCCUUUGUUUCCCCGUUUCCUCUCCGAUAAAAAUCUGGGCUGAGAUGGUAACCCGAGGAUGUGCACGCGCCUUGUUAAAUAACUGCCAUAAAGGUUGCCCUUCGUUUUCUUUGUUCUCCUCUACCAUUUGGAAGUGACAUUUGGGCUUCCUUAAAAAAAGGAAAGAAAAAAGGGAAAAAAAAACCACUAAGGAAUUGGAGAGGAAACGUGGUCUCCUUUCUCCUGGAGAGCUCUGUGAAGUGUAAGUGAUGGAGAAGCACUCUCGUGUGUAUCCUGGGGCACGCAGGUCACUUCUUUUGUUCUGUUCUGCCUGGCCUCUGGGCCGAGUGGGAAGAGAAGGCAGCUGCAAUUAACAUCAGGCAGGGCGCUGGCAGGUACGUGGAGCACCUGGUAGACCGCGGAGACGGACAUCAGUGGCUUAAUAACGGUGCUGCUCGGAGGGAAGAGCCUCACCCGCCUUUGGUUGGGGUACACGUGAGUUCAGGGCAAAAAAAAACAAAAAACUAGAAGUGAAAGCCGCUCUGGAAGCGGCAGAACCGCAGAUCACGUGGCUUCACGCGCCCUUCCGUUUGUCCCCGCCCCGAGACCACAAAAUCAGAACAAAACGGUGCUUUAAAACAGGUGGGAAACGUGGACAGGUUUCUUUCCUCUUGUACUUGGUGCCAGUCGCUGCACCAAAAACGGAGGUCGGGCACUUUCAGGAAUUACGGUUGAACGAUGCUCGCACCUUGAUGAAAUGCCAAACAUAGACGAGGUUGUUCAGAAGCCUCGUGCUGUACAAAAUGUUUCCUGGAAGUCAUGAAAAAAAAAAAAAGGAAUACUCCAGCGAUUUGUGCCCAAGUCAUCCCAAAGCGUGCCCUCUUGCUGGCUGUAGGCUGACCGGUUCUCUGGAGCACUGACAGCUGAAAGCAGCUCAUACCUUGCUGAUCCUUAACCUCGCUUGUCCGAAUGUCUUACAGCCUGUUCUUGGUGACACCACGGACUGAGAAGUGACCGAAAAACGGAGCAGCGUUCGGAUCCCUGCAGUGCCACGCUUCUGGCCUUGUUCCAGCCACGAGCAGGCUCUAGGAAAGCUGGGCAGCCCCGUGCUAGCGUGCUCGUGGUUUGCUUUUUGUCAACGAAGCGAUAACGAAGCGCUCUGCAGAUAUCAAAGGAGCUUGCAUCAAUGGUAUGCUUGGUGAAAAGGGCACGGCUGGCUUUGAUGUGUGUUUCACAGCGCUCCUUUAUUCCUCGGUAAGAGGGGGCGAGGAGUUGAGAACUUGCAAGAGAUCGCUGGAAGUUGUGAUUACUGGCAGAGGAGCUCGAGGGCUGCCUGUCCCUCUCGUCCACCUUAAUGACAUUCCGGCCUGGAGCACUGCUUCUGAAGUCGCUUACGAGGCUGGCGUGGCUGCAGAAACAGGCCCUGCUGUUCCGGGAGGUGUUUUCUGAGCGGCGCGCCUGUGGGCUGCCUUGCGCGUGCAGGGAGGCGAGCGAUCAGUUCUGCUUUGCUGACUGCAGAGCACCAGUUCUGGUGUUGGUUGUCUCACGUUUUGCUGUAAGGAAGGCAGUUUACCCCUUCCUGUGCUCCCAGGAGGAGUUUUGGUGAGACUCCUGCAGCUCCGGGCAGCACCAGAGCUGCUGCUGGGACCUGGUGGUCCUCCGGUCGCUGCCUGAGCAUCCCUGUCUGCAGGGGGACAGGGACAAGGCCCUCGGGCUGCCACCAACGCUUCCAUUGCGGUGUUCCCAUUCAAGGGAAACCGUGCCGCAGGCACACGUCUGCACCUCUGGCUUUAUUCUUUCGCAAGCUGUGAUGCGGCGGAGGUCGCACAGCAAAAGGGCUUUUUGUGCACAGCGUUUCUUAUCGGGGGAUUUCUAAUUUUCGGUGGGGAUGAGGCUGCUUAACGUGAUCAACCACUCGAGCUCCCCCUGCUUUCCUACGUGACUGUGAGGAGGAGCAGCCCCCAGCAAACUGCGAGCCCUUCGAAAUGUUUCGCUGCGACGCUUGACAGGGGGUUGGGCUGCUUCGUUUCGCUUCUGCUUGAAACGAGGCAGAAAUUCACCUUGCUCGCAGGCUACCAGGAGACACGUGUGCUGCCUGCAGGCAGAAGGUGGGAACUGAGGCUCUGCUGUCAACGUAGUUCCUCGUUCUAGCUUGAUUGCCAUGCCUGGGCCUUGACACUUCUGGGAGCAGCUGUUUAAAAUGGCAGAGAGAGGCGGAAAUGAAGAAGUAAUUCACUUAAACAGCUUCGGUAGUCACAGAGGGAAAGACUGGAUAAACCGCAGGGAUGACGGUCUUAUCACGAUAUCUGAUUCCUCGGAUGAAGAAUUGCCUUUGCUGUUGGAAACGCCAGCAGAACAGCAGCAUGAGGAAGAUGAUGAUGAUGUGGUUAUCUUGGCAGAGACCCCAAAGCAUCAGCAGCUUGUGCGUCCCAAUGUCAUCAGACCUGCCGCUCAAUGGCAGGGUGCAAACACUGUAGGAGAAGGAGGAUCCAGAAGUGAUGUAGGGCCCUUGAGGGGCACGUAUCUGCAAGAUGAGAUGUCAGCUCUGCUCUGCCAGAAAGACCCGUAUGAUUACGUGGUGGAGAGCAGCGUUGGACCAAGCAGGGAUGAGAACGUGAACUUUGCCUUGCAGCAGCCCGGGCCGUCUGAACAGAAUGGCCCCAGGUUUGAACUUACGAGUAACCUGGAGCCUGGCCCAAGUUUGCUUCCAGCAGUAAAGAUGAGUCCGCAGGUUGUUGUUGACAAGGAAAUCAUUAAUCUGGAGAAAGCAGACUUGCCACCACAAGAGGAGGAAAAGGUAGAAGCCCAGGGCAGGCAAGGAGAGGACUUGAAGCCAGAGCUCUCGCAAAACGUUGAAGGAACAGUUGCUGCACCCAGCAUGGAGCAGGAGCUCCGGGAGAACAGCCGGCUGGAUCACUUCCAGCCCUCAGAAGGGGAGCCACGUGCCGUCAUAAAUGGUUGUGCUCCUCCGCAAGGGCAGCCUGAAGCAGAAUCAGGAUCUUCGAGGGCAUCUGGAGAGGAGGCUCCUGGGCCGGCUUUCCCCAGACCUGAGCCGCAGCAGGAUGGGAUUCCCGGUCCCGCUUCGCCCCAGCCAGCACACCCACCAGAAGAGCCGAGGGGGCAGCAGGCAGCAAUAGACAACGAGCAGCCAGGCCCAGCGUUCCCGGCACAGGGCUCGCACGAACUCGGUUCUAGUGAUGUGCCAGAACAGGGGGCUGCUGGGCAGGACCAAGACCUCACUGCGCUGCUCAUCAGAGAGACAGAAGCAAGGUUCCCAGAUGUGAAGAAAGAAUAUAUUGAAGAGUUGAUCAAUGUCAAGAACUGCUAUGACUUAAAUGUACUUUGUAACUUUCUUCUGGAAAAUCCAGAUUACCCAAAGAAGGAAGGCAGAGUGGUUUUAAAUCCCAGCAGCAGCCUGCUUGCCAGCCAAGACGAGACAAAGGUGCCUAAAGUGGACUACUUUGACUUUUCCAAGCUUGCCCCACUUGAUCAGCGGUGCUUUAUUCAGGCAGCUGACCUCCUUAUGGCAGACUUCAAAAUGUUGAGCAGCCAAGACAUUAAGUGGGCACUACAUGAACUCAAGGGACACUAUGCAAUCACACGAAAGGCCUUUUCAGAUGCCAUCAAGAAAUGGCAGGAGCUGUCUCCGGAAACCAGUGGGAAACGAAAAAGAAGAAAAGAAAUGAAUCAGUAUUCAUAUAUAGAUUUCAAAUUUGAGCAAGGUGAUGUGAAAAUUGAGAAGCGGAUGUUCUUCCUGGAGAAUAAGAGACGACACUGGAGAACCUAUGACAAGCUCUCGCUUCUUCCACCAGUGCUGCUGGAGCAGGAAUUCUAUGAGCAAAAAGUUAAAGAGAUGGCAGAGCAUGCAGACUUCCUCCUUGCUCUGCAGAUGAAUGAGGAGCAGUAUCAGAAGGAUGGUCAGAUGAUAGAGUGCCGCUGCUGUUACGGGGAGUUUGCAUUUGAAGAGCUAACUCAGUGUGCAGAUGGUCACUUGUUCUGCAAGGAGUGCCUAAUUAAAUAUGCUCAGGAGGCAGUCUUUGGCUCUGGGAAGUCAGAGCUCAGCUGCAUGGAGGGCAGUUGCACGUGUUCAUUCCCCACCAGCGAGCUGGAGAAGGUGCUUCCAGAGAACAUCCUCUGCAAAUACUAUGAGAGGAAAGCGGAGGAGGAGGUGGCUGCUGCCUGUGCAGAUGAGCUUGUCAGGUGUCCGUUCUGUAACUUCCCAGCUCUACUGGACAACGAUGUGAAGCGGUUCAGCUGUCCUAAUCCCCGCUGCAGAAAGGAAACAUGUCGGAAGUGCCAGGGGCUGUGGAAGGAGCACAUGAACCUCACCUGCGAGCAGCUGGCUGAGAAGGAUGACAUCAAAUAUAGGACAUCCAUAGAAGAGAAAAUGACAGCUGCCCGCAUUAGAAAAUGCCACAAGUGUGGGACUGGCCUAAUUAAAUCGGAGGGUUGCAACCGCAUGUCCUGCCGCUGCGGCGCUCAGAUGUGCUACCUCUGCCGGGCUGCCAUUAACGGGUACGACCACUUCUGCCAGCACCCCCGCUCGCCCGGGGCUCCCUGCCAGGACUGUGCCAAGUGCUCUCUCUGGACAGAUCCCACAGAGGACGACGAGAAGAUAAUUCAGGAGAUUCAGAAAGAGGCUGAAGAGGAACAAAGGAAGAAGAACGGAGAGAACAGCUUCAAGCGGAUCGGCCCUCCCGUGGAAAAGCCCAUGGAGAAAAUCCAGAGAAUUGAAGUCAUCCCCAGACCUGUUCCUCAGAACCUCCAUCAACCCCGGAUGCCUCCGUACCCCUUCGUGCACCCCCCCUUCCCGCUCCCUCCCGUCCGUCCCAUGUACAAUAACAUCCCCCUCAACAUAGGCCCCAUCCCUGCCCCCUACGUGCCCCCACUGCCUAACAUGAGGGUGAACUACGAUUUUCCCCAGAUCAAUGUUCAGCUGGAGCACAACUUGCCUAUGCACUUUGGCCCUCAGCCUCGACACCGGUUCUGACCUGGUUCAAAUAGCAUUUGACGUAGAGUCACUGCAGGGCAAAGCCACCCCGGUAACGUCACCCCCUCCUGCUUCAGCCCCCUGGGUUAGCCAGCUGCAAGGGGAGCUGCUGUGACUCACACGUCCCUGCACUACACCCCUGGCCAUGGCUUCUCCGGACUUUUUGCAAUUAAACAUUUCAGCCUGUGCUGCAACAGGGCUCGGUGCUGCAUUUCCAAGGAUCUCUUCCUACGUUGAGAGUCCAGGUUUUUUUGUUUGUUGUUUGUUUGUUUGGCAAGGUCUGUUCAGACAGCUGUUGGGAGGGAAAGUGAGACUUGUGGAGCACAGGGAUGCAAGCGGUCCUCGGGAGCUUUCCAAAAAUCCAACCUUCCUGCUGGCCAGAGCAGCUGCAACAAGCCUGAGUCUUGGGGGAAGGAAGGAGAGACUUGGCACCUGAGUAAGACCUUCAGGAUCAAGGUAACAGAACUCGGCUGCCCUAGCCCAAGGCAGGGUUUCCCAUGUUCUCCAGCAUCCCUGUAAUCUGCUAACACCUCCCAGCAGAAAUAAAUUGUUCAAACCCAAGUAGACUUAGCAUUUAGCGUUUCUCGCUCUGCGAGAGGAGUGAGGAGGUGUGGCAGCCAUCUCGUUGCUCAGAUCUCGUAGGCAGCCCCAGAGUCAUGUUCUGUCUCAGGGCUUUACGAGAUAGCAGGAGACUCUGGUACCCUAAUCUUUAGGAACUGAGCUUGCCCCCUUCCAAGGGCUCAGGUGUUUUUCCCCAGAGGGAAGCUGCCUCUCAGCUUCCCAAACAUGGCCUUGGCUUUGCUGUUAUCCAGGCGCCCCAAAUGCCCGUCUGCUCCUGGCAGCAGGCAUCGUGCACCCGGGGGAAGCGCUCGGAGUCGAAGCCACAUCCCUCAUCUCAAAGACUGCUGGGGCAGAUACGUGGUUUGGUGCACAGGCAGUGGUGUGUGCUAUUGCACAGAACGAGGGCGUACCCGUGUAGGCCUGCAGGCAGGCGGCGGCGAGCCCGGAGCCCCCCUUAGCCAAAAUCCCUGCAAGCCCGCAGGCAGCAGCCUCGUGCUGUCGGGAGCUGGCUGCUUCUGAAACACUUAACUCCCGAAAACUUGUAUUGCAGUUUAAUUGGCUUCAGAAGUGCGUGUUAAAAGGCAAACAUGAGCAUCGCUCGGCUUAGGAGGCGAGGAUUUAGGGGAAGCAGAGCUGUGUGAGGAGCAGGGGUUGGAAUUGCUGCCUGAGCUUGUCAGUGGGGUGUGUGAGGAGCGUUGGUGCAAAGCCCUUUCCCCAGACCUUUGCUAUACUGUCUGGGACAGACCCCUAUAAAAAAUGUUUGGAGGGAGAAAGCCUCCUGCCAGAAGUUCUGGGCUUGUUUUUGGUUUUGUUUUGUUUUUUACCAGGCCGGUUGCGCAGUUGUUCCUGAGUUUUGAUCCGUGCUGCAUCCUGCUCCUUCCUGCUGAGAGCCAGCUCAGUGCAGUUCCCUGCUGGUUUCCUCCCGCUGUGUUUUAGCAUCCAGGUGUCUUUUGGCUGUGUUUUUUUUCAGGUAAAACUCCCUGCCUCUGCCUCUUGACUCCUGUCGAGCCUUCCCUUGCUUGCAGCUGUCCGUACCCGCUCCUGGCACAGCAUCUCCUCGGGCACACGGUGCUGUGCUGGCAGUGGGAGGCUCCCCGAGAGAGGCCUGGGACAGCAGCUCCAGGUGGCAGGAGAUGGUUCCCCACCAGCUGGGGGGCUUUUGCCUCUGGGAGGGUUUCACAGCGGGCACUUCCCUGCCUUUUGGAGCUGAAUCGGCAAUUUCCCUGCUUUCAGGUGUUUCCUAUGGUUUGAAAUGCGUCCUACAAAGCGUGCGUGUUCCUCAGUGCCAUGUUCUCUCUAGCAUUAACAACCAAGUGGUAUUCACUUGCUUCUAUCUUUUUUUUUUAAUUUUUCUCUCUUAAUUUAUUUCUGGAGGUAGCCAUGGGGCUGUGGUGGCUUCCCCACUGUUGCUUAGCAGGAUUUUAGCCAGGUUUAAAUCCUGCCUUGCACCAAAUGCUUCCUGCAGCAGCCAGGAGCAGAGGUGCCGUGCUGGAUUUGUGGAGGGGUGGCGGGGCUCUGGCUGCCCUUAACAGCACCAUCAGGCGCCCAGGGAAUCGACCCCGUUCAGACGAAGCGCGGGUGGCUUCCCGUUGCAGAAAGGGAACCUUGUUUUUUCGGUAGCUGAGAUCUUGUUGGCUUGAGGGCUGGCUUAGGUGAGGCUUCCAGCCUUGGUGAAGCGCGUGCUGUUCCCUGGCAGGCUUGCAGCCAUCCUGCAGCAGAACAAGUGGGCCGGGCAGCAGAGGUGGGGGCAGCCGGGCGCCUUCCCUGCUGUCAUCUAUUCCCCCGGUUAGGGCUCAGCACUGACCCCCAGCACCCCUGGGAGCUGGGCACCCUGGGGACACCUCCCUGGGGACGUGGCAGCUCGUGGUGCUGCCCUGGAGGAAUGGUCAGGCUGCUGGCAGAGAGGCAGGGAGGAAGGGAAGGCCGGUCCCCCGCAGAACCACGAGCUGCUUUGUGUCCGAGAGGAGAAAUCGGUGCUGGGGAGGUGCCUGGUGGUGUGGGUGCUUCUCCCACCGAGAAAACACCCAGACCACUGAAAUUGCAUCCGCAGCCAAAACGUGCGGCUGCUCCUUCCCUCCAACCUGCGCGGCUUCCAGCAGUUGUGGUUUCUGAUAGCAUUUGGGGCUGUUGUUGGUUUUUACUUUAAAAAAAAAAAAAAAAAAAACUUGUUGCACAACCCACAGAAAUCCCCACUCUGGGCCCUUCAGUUCUGCAUCCCGUUUCCCCCCCCCCCGCCCUGCAGCCCUUGCCAUGCGCUGUUCUUCGGGGCGGCAGGGAGGUCGCUGUGCCCAGGUUGCUCCUCUCCAGGUACUUGUUAUGGUUAAUUGCAGUGUCCCGUUUUACUUGCCUUAAAGGUGGAGAGAGAAACUUAGUAUUUGCACUUAGCAAAACGUUAUAUUAAAAGAAAGAAACCCUGUAAAGAUGUGCAUGUUCUGCAACUUUGUAUAACAAUAGCUGAAAAUGAAUAGGUGGUUUAUUAAAAAAAUAAAAUAUUUUUCUUUACCUUCCGGUAGUAAACCAUUCUAAUAUUCUGUGUGUAAAAAGUUUCCUGUAUUAUAUUGUAAUUUGAAUUUUUGUAAAUAAAUUUGUGCACUCUGGCUUUCACCUCCGUGCUUUGGGUUGCAGCGGGAGCCUCGUCCCCGCCGUGGGGUGCUGGGGACGGCGGCCGGUGGGGGCAGGACCCCGGUGCCGGGUCUCAGCCUGCGGGGCCGAGCAGCGGGGGGUGUUGCAAGGCAGAACCCCCUGCCCCUCCUGCGGGAGCCUCUGAUGCCUUCCAAACGCUGCCGAGAGGAGCCGAACGGAACAGAAAAUGGUUUCCAGUCGCUCCUGUAAAUGGAAACCAGGAGGUGUGAGCAGCGCUGCGCCAGGCUUCGGGGACUUCCCCCUUGCAGGAGCAGUGGUGGAGGCAGGCUCCGGGGCUCCGGCUUCCUUUGGCUCAGCAGCGAAAGGAAAGGAAACGGCUGCUGGCAGCUCGGGGACGGGGAGAGACCAGCGGGGGCCCUGGGGGCUCCUCUGCGCUCCGUGUAGCGAGGGGUCCCGAAAUGGGACCGGGGCAGCACAGCAGUGGCUGCUGUGCAGGAAGGGUUCAGUCCUGCUUUGUCGUGGAGGGGGAGGUGAACUGAAGUUAAAUUUGGGUUAAAAGCCCUGUUUCCAGGGGGUUGGCAGCCCCCCACCACCAGGCAGCAGGGAAGGGGCCAGGAGGGAGGUGCUGGGUGCCCGUGGCGUGGCCGGGAAGCUGAGCGAGCAGAGAUGCUCAGCGCUUCCUGCACAGCCUUCUUUUUUUUCCCCCUGUUUAUAGCAGCGGACUGACAUCCUUCCUUUGUUCAGCCCUCGCUGCCCUGCUCCAAUGCUUGUUCAGAGCUCAGGGUCCCUGCUGGGGUGUGUUUCAGCCCCGAGCUUUGCUUCUAGCAAACCAACUUUACCUUUAAAAGCUGAGCAAGCGUCCGCCCGUGACCUGCACGUGCUGCUUCUGCAUCGCCCCGUGGCUGGGCUGGGGGCACAUCCUGGUGCCCUGGCUCAUCUGACUGGACGCACUGUUUGGGCUGGGCUGGGCUGGGCUGCAAAUGCUUUUUGUUUUUUCCUUUUUUUUUUUUCUCUUUAUUUUUUCCUUUUUCUCCCCCUUCCCCGUAUCAGCUUUGCAGCAGCUUUGCCCCCCAGGAUGGUCACAGGAGGGGUGGUUGCAGGAGCAUCCCCCUGACCCGUGCGUAGCUCGUGAGCAUCUCGAGGACACACGUGGGCUUGGGGGCUGGGGCCUGCCCCGAGCAUCUUGAAACGUGACCUGGGCUCUGGCCAGCUUUGCUUCUAAGCCUGCUUGCCGGAAGCAAGUCUUCUUUUCCCACCGCACCACCCACGACAUUUAGAGCCAGCUCGAUCUUUGGGACGCUCUUUGGCCAGCCCCCAAAUGCUCUCAAGCCUCUGUGCAUCGAGUGCCCCAGAUCGCUGUCCCCAAGCCCGGCCAUCGCUGCAGCCCCCCGACAGACCACGCACCACCGCUCGUGUCCGAAUGCAGGUUCUUUUUAUUCAUUUUUCUCCAUUUGAAGCUAGUUUUCUUUUAAGUUAUACAAAUGGCACUUACAAAAAAAUAAUAAUAAUUAAAAAAAAAAAAAAAACGAACGAACCCCAAACUUAAAUUUCAGAGUGAGAUGUUUUCAGAGAGUCACGACACCCGAGGAGAGGAGACGGGGGGGGAGAUGUCGACCUAGCGUCACACGGGAGAAGCCGGAGCGGGAGGGACACGGAUUGAACUGCGACUAGGGCCGGGGAGGAGGGGAGACAGCGGGUGUGAAGGCCAGCAAAAAGUGUGUGCCAAGUCACAGGGUCGCUCGGGGCUUCAUCAAGACACUUGGUUCCUUCGAGAGGCACCUUCGGCCCCGGGCGGGCGAGUUUUCCAGGGCGCCUGGCUGGGAGCCCAGGUAGGGCCCCGGCGGGGACCCCGUGGCGGCGAGGGACCCGUCUGCGAGCUGUGCCCUCGCCGGGGACAGGUCGGUCGCUCUCCGAGCUGAGAGUUUAGCACCAAGCUCCCGCGGAGGCUGUCCCUAGGACAGCAGCACGGCUUUAAGGCUGGCGAGCCCCGAGCUUGCGGCAGGCACCGGCCUCGUCUUGGCACAGCGGUGACGCCGUGAGCACCCUUGGCGUGGGGCGAGGGGCGCGGGGAAAAGGCUCCGUGGUGUGGGGAGCGGCCACCCGAAGGAUAAAAGUGCCUUUCAACACCCUCGAGGACACUUCAGCAUCACCCGUCACGAACGCUCACAUCGUUACACGCUAAUGCAGACCUAGUACAGACAACAGCUGGUAACACAGUGCCAUGGAGAGCAUAUAUAAAUAGAUACUAACAAAAAUACUGUUUUGGUCAUUAUUUUUUUUUUUCUUUUCUGCUUCCAGUAAGGACGAGAUGGCAUGCUGGCGAAGCUGAGGUGCCCCGCGGGCUGGUGGACCAGGAGCUGCCCCUCCUCGGGGGCGCUUCCUAAAUCAGUGGUGGGCAUCCAGGGAUGCGCUUCGCUGUUCCAGUAUUUGUAUGAGAAAAAAAAAAAAAGAAGAAAAAAAAAAGAAAAGAAAAAAAGUACUGAGCAAAUAUCACUGUGCAAAGUUUGCUAAGGAACUUUUCUAUUCUGUAAACUGAAAUCUGCAGCUCUUGCCUCCAGCCGGCGCCCGGGGGAGGCUGUUCUCGUUGGAGGGGUACAUGGCCCCGCACGCUGAUGGGGAUGGGGGGGCCGGCGCUGGAGCCCCCCGGUGCGGGUUUGCUCCGUGUGUCCCCACCCCGACCUCUGUCCCCUCCUGGGCACCGCAGCUCCUUUGGCACCAGGGCACCGCGAGGGGCAGGGACGACCCAAGGAGGAGGAGGAAGAGGAGGAAGAAGAGCGCAGGGUGGCAGCGAGAUGAAUUGCUGGGGCUUUCCAGAUGGGAUCACCCCAAAAUCGAUUCCAGGUGUGCCACCUGCACAGCUGGGGAGGGGAUCAGCUUGCUGGCCCUACUGCAGCACGUAAGGUCACCUCUCGUGCCUCAGCUGGGGACAGGACAGCGGAGGGGUCUCCACUGGCUUGGAUCGGACGGGGACCGUGGGGACCCUGGCAGUGCAGGGUGAGGUGGCACCGGCACUGCUAUGGAGAGGAGAGCACGGAGAUGACCUUAUUCCCUUUUUUUUUUUUUUUUUUUUCCAGUUGCAGAGAGGAAAGUAAACUACUGAGGUGAUGCUCGGGGCCGGGACGGGGUACGGCAGCCUCCGAGCUGAGCGAGGCCGGGGCAAGGAAGGGUCCUCGGCAGCCCUCCAGGUGCAGGCGGCAGCACCGCGCGCUGCCGGGUGACUUAUCCAGUUCUCACGGGGAUGAAGGGGGGGGACCCACCUCCGACACAAGGCGCUGGGCUCUACGGCGGGAGGGGAGGGCAAGCCAGUCUGAAAAUCCUUUUACAGAGAGGAGAAAUUCAAAACAAAACAAAACUGAACCAAAAAAGAAAAAAAAAGAAAA